CAUAUUUGAGAAUGUGGCCAAAAUUUUAAAGCCCAUAAUAAUAUAUAUUUUCCAUUUUGACAAAUUUUAGAGCCCAAAAUUAGCAAACUUCAAAAAGUGCAUUAUUUUGGGUUAAAAAAUAAAAUCAGGCCUCACAUAAUAAAAAAUUCAAGCUACUUCUCUUAAAUUCUUUAACUUAUAUUGGCUAAAAAGAAAAAAGUCUAUAUACUAUAAUCUUCAAAAUAAAAAUUGCCUUUUUGUUCUUUAACUUUUGAAUGUAGAAGUGUCUUAUGCUCCAUUUGUUUGGACAAAAAAUAUUUUCUAAAAUAUAUAUAUAUACAUAUAUAUUUUGGUACUUUAUACAAUGGAAAAUAGAAGACAACAAAAAACAUUUUUUGUGAUAAAUAAAAAAUAUGCUUAUAUGGGCAUAAAAUAUUUUAAAUAAAUUACACUUUUCCCCCUCUAUAUUUGGCCACUUUCCCACAUUAGCCCUUCAUGUUUUAAGUUUUUUUUUCACUUUACUUCAAAAACUAACUUGUGUUCAAAAUUAUAAAGAAAAUGCCACAAUAACUGUUUAUAUAACAUAAAAAUAUAUUAUUAUAUUAGAGUCUACGUUUAUGUUAGAGGUGCGAAUAUUAUAUAAUAAAAUAUUUUUAUGCCACGUAACUGACAAUGUGUCAUCUUUUAUCUUAUUACUUUACGAGUAAAGUGGGAAAAUUUUGAAACAUGAAGGGCCAAAGUAGGGAAAAACAAACUUGAAGGGCCAAAGUGAAAAAGUUGCUCAACAUAAAAAGUGCAAAGUGUAAUUUACCUAUAUAUUUUUCACUUUUACAAGGUGAAAAAUAUUUUUCGUAUUAAAGUUUUACCAAUAUCACCACACUACCACCACCACUCUCACCUACACCACCACACCACCAUUACUGCAGCCAUAGCCACGAUCACCGUUGCUAUCACCGCCACUACCACCCCACCACCUCCACCUCCAUCUUCAUUUCACUACCACCACUAAACAUAAAAAAAUAUUUUCUCUAGAAAAAAUUUUCUAGAAAAAAUUUUCUGUAGAAAAUAUUUUCAAUUUGAAAAUGUUUUUUGCCUUAAUGAACACUACAAGAAUUUGCACCUUUGGCGACCACUUUUGACGACUAAAAAAAAUUUAGUCACCAAAAAUGUCACUUUGGGCGACUAAAAUAUGUAUUGGUCAGCGUUGGUAUAGGAUGUAGCUACUAAACAUUUUGUGGGGAAAUAUUAUUUAUUGGUGACUAAAUUAUUUUUUUGUCGGCAAAAAUAUCACUUUUAAUGAUUGAAUUUUAGGCUUCUAAUUUUUUUUUAGUCGUCUUAUAUUAUUUUUUGCCUACAAAACAAAUGUUAGUACCCAAAAACCAGGUAUAUUUUUAUGGUUACUCUUUAGCGAGUAAAAAAUUUAGUGGGCAAAUAUUAUUUUUUCCCGACCAAAUGGAGAUUUAGUCACCAAAUACUUUUGGCGACCAAUAAAAUAGUCGCCGCUGAUUUACCUGUGGCUACCAAAUAGGAUAGUCGCCAAUAAGCACCCUUUUGCCGACAAAAAUUUAUUUUAGUCGCUCAAGCUUGAGAUUUUUUAGGGCACAAACUCUUUUAUUACUGCUCACCCCUUUCUCUGUUACACAAAACAACAUUCAAACCUCUCGGACAAAGACAAUCAGACACCAAACCUCAGAGAGAAACACCUCACCUCAGCCCACCGUAUGGAGGACAUUGCCACAACCACCACCGCAAAGCACCACCGGCACAGCCGUAGAUCACAGGGAACUUCUGGAGUAACAAGAUCAAUGCUUUGGGACAGUGGAGUUGUAUUGGGGAAGUUCUUAGAGCAUGCUAUAGAAUCAGGGACGAUGCUUCUUCAAGGCAAGAAGGUCGUUGAAUUGGGAUCUGGCUGUGGAUUAGUUGGCUGCAUUGCUGCCCUUUUGGGCGCUGAAGUUAUUCUUACUGAUUUGCCAAAUAGAUUAAGGCUGCUGAGGAAGAACGUUGGAACUAAUCUGUGCGGAAAUGUUCGUAGUUCUACAGCAGUGAGUCAACUCAUUUGGGGAGAGAAGCCUGUUGUAGAAUUGAUUCGACCAUUACCUGAUUAUGUGUUGGGGUCGGAUGUAAUUUAUAUUGAGGAUGCAGUGAUGGAUUUAUUGGCCACAUUACUAGAACUUUAUGGCACCCAAACAACAAUUAUUUUGGCUGGAGAACUUCGAAAUGGGACUUUUGUAUGCUACAAGGUGUCUCUUUGGAGGUGUGCUGGGCUCUGUUGGGUGUGGUUUUGGUAUGUAAUAAUCCUGUUAGCUCUUCUUUAUUGUUGUGUUCCAAAUGUAGGCAUAUGGGAAUAUGAAUAGUUUAUGUUCCUUCAAAGAACCUUUGAGUAGUUCCUUUCCUAAUGCUUUACAAACAAUAAAAUGGAGUUAAAUUGGAUUAAUGCAAGUUGUUCCUUUAAUCCCAUCAUAUAAUCAUGGAUCUUAGCAUUGUGUGGAGUGUGCGUUGAAUUGAUUUUUGAUAAAUGAUUUAUGUAUGUGCCUCUUGUGCAAUGUCAUUGAACUCAGUGAGCACAUGCUGUAGAAUUUAUGUUGAGAUUUGUGAAGAGAUUAGGGGUUCAAUUAGCUUUCCUGUCUAGUGGACACACUCUUGUGACUCCAUUUACUGUUUGGUGGGAAUAUUGAACUUAUUGAGCCCUUUUUCACUAUUCAUGUGUCUCUUUGGAUUAGAAUGUGAAUAAUUUUUUUUAACUAAAAGAAGCAAAAUAAAUAUUAGAUGACAACAUAGUUGCAUAGCUUUUGCAAUCCCUACACCAGUGAUUGACAUGGAUCACUUAUAAAUGUAAAGCAAUGUUGAUUAUGCUUUAAUCCUGCAGAGAUGCUUGAAACUUUUUCUUACUGGGGUCUACUCGUUAGUGUAGUAUAGUUCACCCUGCACAAAAAUGUGGUUCUUUUUAUUUUGUCUUAUAUGGAUUUUUUGUUCUUAACUAUCGUACUACUUUUGUCCUUUAAAUUCUGAGAUGAUGGUACCAUGGAUUCUAGAGUUUGACUCAUGAGCAGAUCAAUUUCUUAGGGAGUGUACAAUAAGAUCAUAGUUAGAUGUUGGUUUUGAUGUUGAAAUACUGGCUAAGUAGAAUGGCAUCUUGAUAUUUGAGUGUUUUUUUUUUUCAUGCAGAGUUUUGGUGUUGUUCUAAAGAUAAUAGAUGUCUUGAAGCUAAACAAAUAAAAUAGAAGUUUUUCUGGGAAUCCAUAUUUUGGUGCUUGUGUUUUGGAAUGGAAAACUUUCCCUUGAGAACACUAUUUUUUUUAUUUUUUGUUUUUAGCAGCCAAGAACACUAAAUUUGGAAACCUGGAUUUUUUUUCUUAUUAGGUUUCUUUUAUAAGACAAAACAUCAAACAAUGUUAGGUGUGUACCCAAUCUUUCCCCUUCCAAAUACAUUAAUGUGAAUAGGUUGUUUUGUUUGUUCCAUCACCAUUUAUUAGGUAAGUAUCUUUAAUUUCUUUCAAAUUUAGGGAAAAAAAUUAAAACAGCCACUACAUUGUUCGGAGACAAUCAUGGGUACCUCACCCUAGAUUACAAAAAACUUGUAAGAGCAAGUGGCGCGUCGAUAGGACGCACGAUUAGAGAAUUAAAGACAAAAAUGUGAGAAAAAAAAGGCGAAAAUGAGCUGUUGGGUUGGCAAAAAUGCAAAACAUCUGCCAAUCUACUUGAAGACCAUCACGAACAUAGCACUCUAGAUCAAACAAGCUUGUGAGAGCAAGUGGUGCAUUGAUAGAAUGCAUAGUUAAAGAAUUAGAGAAAAGAUAUGAGAAAAAAGGCAAAAAUGAGCCCUUGAGGGGCAUAAAUGCCAAACAGCUGCCAAUCUACCCAAAGACCAUCACCGGCACCUUGCCCUACAUUAAACAAACUUGUGAGAAUAAGAGGCGCGUCGAUAGGACGUAUAGUUAAAGAAUUGUAGACAAAAAUGUGAGAAAAAAAGGCAAAAAUGAGCCAUUGGAAGGCAAAAAUGUAAAACAGCCCCCGAACCAUUGUACAGAUGUUACAGACAAUUUCAUCAUGAAAAAUAGGACUUGUGGGGACAGAUUGGACAUAAUUAGCACAUGUAGGUUGUGAGUUAGAGUCGAAAACGCCUUAAACUUAGUCGAAAAAUGACGUUUGGGGGGCGAAAAUACAAAACAACCCCCGAACCACUAUACGAAUAUCACAGACAUCUUACUCAUGACAACUAGGACCUGUGGGGACAUAUAUCACAUAAUUAUCACACGUAGGUUGGGAGUUAGAGUCAAGUAGUUUCCUUGUGACAAAUAGGAUCUAUCGGGACAGAUGACACGUAAUAAGCACAUGUAGGUUGGGAGUUAGAGUCGAAAAUGCCUUAAACUUUGUUGAAAAAGAGUGUUCAGGGGGCGAAAAUGCAAAAGAACCCUCGACCCACCGUAUGAAUGUCAUGACCAGCUUUCCCAUGACAAAUAGGACUUGUGACAAUAGAUGGAAUGUAAUUUGCAUGUGUAGUUUGGGAGUUAGAGCCAAAAAUGCCUUAAAUUUAAUCGAAAAAAGCGUUCAAGGGGCAAAACUACAAAAUAGCCCCCAAACUAUCGUAUGGAUGCCACAACCAGCUUUUCCGUGACGAAUAGGAUUGGUGAUAACAGAUGGAAUGUAAUUCGCAUGUGUAGAUUAGGAAUUAGAGCAAAAAACGCUUUAAACUUAACUGAAAAAGGGCGUUAAGGGGGCAAAAAUAUGAAACAGUCCCCGAACCACCAUAUGGAUAUCACGGCUAGCUUCCCUAUGAUAAAUUGAACCUUGGACAAUAGAUGAAAUGUAAUUCACACGUGUAGUUCGGGAGUUAGAGCCGAAAGCGUCUUAAACUUAACCGAAAAAGGCAUUCAAGGGGCGAAACUGCGAAACAACCCCCAAACCACCAUAUGGAUGUCAUAGCCAGCUUCACCAUGACAAAUAGGGCUUGUGACAAUAGACGGAAUGUAAUUCGCAUCUGUAGGUUGGGAGUUAGAGUCGAAAAUGCCUUAAACUUAACCGAAAAAGGACGUUAAGGGGGGAAAAUGUGAAACAGCCCCCAAAUCACCAUAUGGAUGUCCCGGAAAGAUUUUCCAUGACAAAUAGGACCUGUGACAACAAACGAAAUGUAAUUCGCACGUGUAGUUUGGAAGUUAGAGCCGAAAAUGCCUUAAACUUAACUGAAAAAAGGGCGUCAAGGGGGCAGAAAUGUGAAACAGCCCCCGAACCACCAUAUGGAUAUCACAGCUGACAAAUAGGACCUGUGACAAUAGACUGAAUGUAAUUCACACGUGUAGUUUUGAAGUUAGAACCAAAAACGCCUUAAACUUAACCGAAAAGGGGCGUUAAGGGGGCAAAAAUGUAAAACAACUCUUGAACCACCAUAUGGACGUCACGACUAGCUUCCUCGUGACAAAUAGGACUUGUGACAAUAGACAGAAUGUAAUUCGCAUGUGUAGUUCGGAAGUUAGAUGCGAAAACGCCUUAAACUUAACGGAAAAAGGGAGUUAAGGUGGCGAAACUAUGAAACAGCCCCCGAACCACCAUAUGGGUGUCAUGGCCAGCUUCCUCAUGACAAAUAGGGCCUGUGACAAUAGACGGAAUAUAAUUUGUACGUGCAGUUUGGGGGUUAGAGCCAAAAACGCCUUAAACUUAAUCGAAAAAAGGCGUUUAAGGGUUGAAACUGCAAAACAGCCUUCUAACCACCGUAUGGAUGUCACAGCCAGCUUCCCUGUGACAAAUAAGACCUAUGACAAUAGACGGAAUGUAAUUAGCUCGUGUAGGUUGUGAGUUAGAGCAAAAAACACCUUAAACUUAUUCGAAAAAUGGAGAGUUUGACAUCCAAUCAAUGUUCAACAUUUUGAUUGUAAAUGACGUCAUUGUUUCAUCAUACGGUGGUCAUUUGGGUGGUACACGUAUUAAGAAAGCAUCAUAUGGUUAUGGAGACAACCUCGUAAGUUACUCAUUUAUUUUACUUUGACUAGGAAAAAGGGAAUGAAGAAGAGGUAAAUAAAAUUACAACCAAAAUAUUCUAGUAAUAAGCAUUUAUUUUAUGAAGAGGUAUGCUCCUAAAAAUUGUAUUUUUGUAAAUUGAAAUCAAGUUUGGAAUAAAUCUUUCGUGAUACAUACAUAUGAUUGUAUUUCGAAAAAGGCUUAAAUAGAUUGUUCUACCUUAAAUGCAUGUUACAACCUUUUUCUUAUAUCUCAAUCAAUUAAUAUUUUGUAAUGGGUGCAAUUUUUUUUUUUUUAAAUUUUUUGUAAUUGAUUUUUGGCGUGGACUUGUGGAUAAUCCAUUUUUGUGUACAGAGGAUGCUUUACACUUUUGUAUUAACUGUCAUCCUCUGCUUUUGUGUAUAUUAGUAUUACUGAUACAUAUAACUUUUCUAAUCCAAUUGAUAAUUACUGGUGUGGCAUAUAGAUCACCUUUUGUGGUGGUACAAAUUACAAUCCAAAUGGCCAUUUUGCAUGGUAGUAAACAUAUAUAUUUUUUUAUAUAUGGUGGGUUGGAUUUUUGUAUGAUUCCCUAUUUUGUAUGGAAAUAUAAUUUUAGUUUGAACAA